CUGCAGCUGUUGGUCCUGCAUGCCCUGUGACAGUGUCAAAGUAGCUGAUUUGGGACAAAGAGGCUGCAUACAUUCAUUCUCAGGCAGCCACAAAUCACAUACUGUGAGGCAGAAGAAAAUUUGUAAGCUGACGAGCAGCAACCAUUCACGUUGCUAGAGGGAGAAUUCUGUACUUGCCUCUGCAAUGUGGGCUAUCUUUAAUGUAAAUAGCUGGGCUCCAGGCGACUUCUUGGGUAUACAGAACAGUUGGCAUUCCAGUCUGCUACAAAGGUGGCUCUUAUCCAUAGCAUCUGAAAUGCAAAACACUGCCACCAUCCUGUAGGUACUGUUUGCACUAUCACUGUCACUCAGUAGCAGCAGUGAGGACUUAUUUUCCUAGGUUGUAUGAGAACGAGGAAAGGCCUUGAAAUUGGCUCUCAUCACACAGUAAGGGGCACACAAUAGUACACAGGGGAAAGGAAAAAGGAGAACUGCUGUUACCCUGAACUGGAAUUUUUCACUUGCUUCUCUUUACUUCACUCCCUAUAAAUGCAUUUCCCUAAUACAUGAAAGUUUUGUUUUGCAGUUUUUUACUGUAUAGAAAAUGCAUACUCACAGAGUGUCCAGAGCUGUUCUAUUGUGAAAGCACAUAAAACAUUUCUUAAUUAGGAGAGGACAGGAGGAGGGGGGUUGAUUUAAAAUUUUUGUUUGAUAUCUGAAUGUUUAUUAACAUCUUCUGAAUGCUUGUCACAGCUUAGCAAUACAAUCUUCAGGUCUUAGUGUGAUCCCAUGGCAGUUUGUGCUGGCUACAAACAAGCAGAAUAUCUCCUUUGCUGUGCGUGUGGUGUGAAAGGCUCAUGCUUUGGGAGAGGAACUGAGAACCAUGACAGUGCACUCAGGGUUAACUGCAAGACCAAUGCCACUCACCACUACCCCACUUGCUCUCACACUUGGAAAUGACUAACAGUCUCUUUUCACGUAGACCCUUUCCCUGGAGGCUGGUUGAUGAAACCUUCUGGAAGAUUUGGAGGACAAGUUAAAAAAUCUCUCAAAAGAAGCCCCAGUAUCCUGUUUAGAGUACAGAUGUUACCAUUGUGGGUAAAGGGACCUUCGUCUUCUUCCUGAUUGUACCUUUGCCAACAUACCUUUGACAUCAGAUAUUUAAUUUCUCCCCAUGAACAUUUAAUAAUAGCACUUUUAAUUCUGGAGGAGUUCAAGGUUCUCCACAUGAGAAAGAUUUGCUGUCCUUCUCCUUUUACAGAUAGGGUAGUAGAAGUCCAAAGAAGUAAAGUAAAUUGCCAAGAUUCAGAUUCAUGAUAAAACUGGAAAGAGAAUGGGGCCAAACCUUGAGCCAGCCUCCAAAUGGAAGAGUUUCCAUGUUUUCCACCUCUAUAAAGGUGGAAAGACAUGACAUGAAUACCCUGAGUUUACCACUUAACAUCCGCCGUGGAGGUUCUGAUACCAACCUGAACUUUGAUGUACCAGAUGGAGUCCUGGAAUUUCACAAAGUCAAACUCAAUGCAGAUAGCUUGAAACAGAAAAUCCUCAAGGUUACAGAGCAAAUCAAGGUUGAACAAACAGCUCGAGAUGGAAACGUGGCUGAGUAUUUGAAACUGGUAAACAGUGCAGACAAGCAACAGGCUGGGCGCAUUAAACAAGUCUUUGAGAAAAAGAACCAGAAAUCUGCCCACUCCAUUGCCCAGCUGCAGAAGAAAUUGGAACAGUAUCACAAAAAGCUCAAGGAUAUUGAACAAAAUGGAUCUUCCAAAGCUACCAAGGAUACUUCCAAAGAUAACUUGAAAGAUGUUCAACAUGGAAAGUCUCGUAGCAGUGGGCACGGAACAGAAAGCAGCAAGUCGGGUGUGCCGGGUGUAUCUUUGACACCACCUGUCUUUGUUUUCAGCAAGUCUAGAGAGUUUGCCAACCUGAUCCGAAACAAAUUUGGUAGUGCAGACAACAUUGCUCAUCUCAAAAAUACCCUGGAUGAAUUUCGGCCAGAAACGAGUUCUAGAACCUAUGGGGGCAGUGCCACCAUUGUUGCCAAACCAAAAUAUGUUAGUGAUGAUGAAUGCUCAAGUGGGACCUCUGGAUCAGCGGAUAGCAAUGGGAAUACUUCCUUUAGUCCUGCUGUGGCAAGUACCCUGGACAGCCAAGGAAAGCUUUCCAUGAUUUUGGAGGAACUAAGGGAAAUCAAGGAGACACAGUCCCAAUUAGCUGAUGAUAUCGAGAAUUUAAAAACCCAAUUUAAAAGAGACUAUGGCUUUAUUUCCCAGAUGCUACAAGAAGAAAGAUAUAGAUACGAAAGACUGGAAGACCAGUUAAAUGACCUCACUGACCUUCAUCAACAUGAGACAGCAAACUUGAAACAAGAGCUAGCCAGCAUAGAGGAGAAGGUGGCGUAUCAGGCCUACGAGCGAUCACGAGAUGUCCAGGAAGCCUUGGAAUCAUGCCAGACCCGAGUUUCCAAACUGGAGCUCCAUCAACAAGAACAGCAAGCACAGCAGUCUGAAACAGUUAAUGCCAAAGUGCUCCUGGGGAAGUGCAUAAAUGUUAUCCUGGCCUUCAUGACUGUCAUCUUAGUGUGUGUUUCUACUAUUGCAAAGUUCAUUGCUCCUAUGAUGAAAAGCCGUUUUCAUAUCAUCUGCACUUUUUUUGCAGUGACGCUGCUGGCAAUAUUUUGUAAAAACUGGGAUCAUAUCAUUUGUGCUAUAGAAAGGAUGAUUAUACCAAGAUGAAGCUGUUGGACUGGCUGUUUAUUUAUUUUAUUUUUUUAUUUCUUAUUUUUCCCCCUCUUUCUUCCCCUCCCUGUUUUUUAAGCACUGUGUGUAUACCAAUUCUGGUGUAAAUAUAUAAAGUAUACUUGUUGGCAGUCAGUUGCCUGUUAAAUCUGAUUUUGUCUAACUGGCUGUAUCUGUGAUGAACUGCUCACUUAAGUCAGUCUUCUGCCUUAAUCCAAAAGGUUUUCCACUUUCCAAACCCCUACCCACGAAAGAUGGUAUGAUUAUCUGGGAGGGAUCCCAGCAACUACGAGUGUCAGGUGUGCUUUUUACUAGGCCGAAGUGCAAAGAUUGUGAUCAGGAGGGAGUGCCAUAAUGUUUAUCAGCUCUAUUAGACUGAUAGUUAAUUUUCUUUCUGAAUCCAACCAGAGUGAUAAGCCAAACUAUGCAGUCAUGUGUAUUGAUAGUUCUAGAUUCUAAAUUAGUGGGUAUCAUUACAUGGGAUUUUGAGUUUUCAAGACUAACAAAACUUGAUGUUUCUGCUAGUAACUUUUUGCACAGAGUUUAUUGUUUGCAAAUGAGACCAGUGAUAACUAUUGACCACAGUUAGUAGUUCUGCAGUUAGUUGUUCUGUCCCAGCACUGUUCCUUAUCACAUUUGGGAAAUACAUAUGGCAUAAGACUUCCAAAGAUUGACUGAAUUGAAUUAUAAGAUCCCGAGGCAACUUUGUAAAGGAGUAAAGAAGCAAGUAACUGGUAAGUAAGUUGUCAUCCACACCAAAGCACUCACUUGUUCAAGGCCUGCAACCUGCAAGGGGAAAGAAGUACACAGAAAGGCAACAUUGAGGUUAGCCUCUGUUAGCACUGAAUUAUUGGGGUGUUGUAAGUGAAUGCAAAGCAUACAGGUGGUGGGACCCUGGGUACAGUGGAUUUCUUACUUCUGUCAGAUUAAAGAAUGUGGCAGAAGUAUGAGGGAACAGCUUCUUAAGAGGAGCAGGAAGUUUAACUUCUGUAAAUAUAAGAACUGUAGACUGUCUCAUCAGACAUUCCUGAAGAUAAUGUAUUAACAUGCAGUACCACUAGUAGGAGACAGGGUUGGGUUUGUUUUCCCACUGGAAUAUAUUUUACUUGAUUUAAGAACUGCAAAAUAUUUCCCUGAAAUCAGCUUGGCUUUCAGCCAUGAUGUAAAGCAAGAUCUUUAUUAAAAAUAAACAAACAAACAAAAAACACCACAAAAUAAACCAUCACAACCAGAAUUCUUCUCCAUUCUCCAUUAAGUAAAAAAAUGAACAGUGUUUCCAAUUAUUUGAUGUUCAGUGUUAGUAACUGUGAAAAUAAUUGUCAUGACGUAUUUUCUUUUCAGUUGCAGUAUUUUUUGUGCUGGUAUUAUGGGAGGGAGGGCAUAGUUUGAUGUGUAUAUUUCUUUUUAACCAAGUGCAAUAGUUGGUGAAGACCUUAUUCUGAGGAAAGGGAGUGGGUGAGGGGAAGACAGGGAAGAACUUUGACAUUUUACCACAGUCAGAUAAACAGUGAAUUGUUACUAUUUGUGGCUUCAGGAACUGAAGAAAGGACACAAUUAACUUAAUAAGUAAUGAUAUAACUCAGCAUUUAGAAAACGCAAUUAAAAUACUUACAAAUAUUUAAAGAAUUCUUUAUAUAUGCUAAGUCUUUGAACUGAGAAUCAGGAAGGAUUGUGCUGGAAAUGGAUCAGAUCAGACACAGCCAUGUUAUCCUAACCCAGCCUUACCUCAUCUCAAGAGGGAAGUGGAAUGGAAACCAAAAACCAACAAACAGGAGCCCAAACAAGACUAACAACUGGUUCCGAUCCUAAGAAUGCUGUGACUCUUCAUGGUGUUUUCUUGCUGUCUUUAUUAUCUCCAUUCUUCUCUUCAGCUUGCACAGCCAGCUUAUGCAUUGGCCUCUUGAGAAAAUAGUUUAGCAUUUUGUUAAAUGGGUUAAGAAGGGUAGAUGUGCAAGAAAGGAGUGCCAUGUGUUUACAUAAGAAAAACUCCUUUGCCUGUUGCAUGAUUAUAGAUGUAUAUAAUCCUCCCAGUGCUAUUUCAUGUAGUUGAAAUGUUACAUCAGGUAGCCUCAAGGACAGGGAGGGAAAAUGUCAGUAUUUUUCUUAUGACAAAGUAAUUAUUGGUGUGGUACAGCCUGGGAUUGUGAAAGCUUCUGCUCCAAGGGCAAAUCAUUACUAUUCUGGAAGAUGGCCUCAGUGUAAAAUGAGGGUAGAAUCUAAAAUCGAUGGCUCUACAAAAGAUUGCUCACUGUCGUGAUAGAAUCUGACUGGACCUAAAUUCUAAAUUGGAAACAGGAAGGUCUUGCAUUUCCAUAUUGGCUUUACACCUGGCAGGGGACACAGUUAGUUAUGUAAAUUAAAACAACCUAAUUGGUAAAUGAGUGCAUCGCUUCUCUGGGUUAUUUUCUCUGCUAGGUUUAAAUCACGGAAGGAUGUGACAUACAACAAGAAAAUAAUAAAAAAUGUAAAGUGAGGGGCAAAAACCUGCUUUUGAGUGAAACUCUUGUAGUUUUGCACAGAGACUGCAGUGCCAGGAGCUCUGCCAUGUGGAAGGCCUCCCAAGGAGGGAGGUCUCCCAUCCUGCCUUUGCCCUCCCAUUUCCUAUCUUGUGCUAGCACUGGUAUAUGGUGAAGUCUUCCAUAUACCAUGCCAGAUCACUAGACUGGAAGAAAAACCUGGUGAAAGAGGUGGAUGAUUCUCCACAUCUGGAGACUUAGAGGGCUGGUAAAAAGGUGUCUCAUGAGUAUGAAGCUGGGAUUUUAAGGGAGAUGAGCCUUUAUCUUCUUGUUGCAGUGAGUCAUUAGCUGUCCUUAAAACUGGGCUCCAAGCAGACUUUCUGCAGAUUGUUGGGGCAGCUGCAGUGUAGAAAAGUUCUCCCUACCUUUUUCCUGCAGGGAACAGAUACAAACGGCCCAUGUGGUGGGACAGGCUAGCCAGCUGUGUCUAUACUUGGGAUCAAGACAAGGCUGGUGCCUGAGCUAGCCAGGGCUGAUGCCUCUGCCAUUAGCUUCAGUAUGGGCAUCACUUCCCCCCUUUAGGCUGGGAUUAUGUAUUUUACAUAUUACUGUGUGUAUCUGGCCUGCAGUCUGAGCUCUGUUUCCUGUGAAAGCAUGCCUAAACCAACCCAAAGAAUUGCAGUUCUCCUAAUGAGAACUCUGUUCAGCUUCUCAAUCAAUUAACCGUGUUCUGUCAGGAUACCAUUUGCUUUUAUAUUCUCAUACAACGCAUCAUAUACAUUCUUAGGAUACUUCUUACACCUACUCAUCAUGAGCCUCUAAAACACUCCCACUUAACAAAAGGUUGCCAGACAGUGUCUUUUCUGCUUGGUGCUGCCUGCUAGACAAGUAUUUCCCUUCACUUUGGUAGUAGUUCUCUGAUGGAAAAGCCCUUCAAUAAGUUGUUAAUACCUGUUCUAUAGGCUUUUGGCAGCUUUUGCUUGGAGGUUUUUGGAGAUUCGGUUUCUUGUGAAAGUUUGCACAAUUUUCCUGAUUUCUCCUAUUUCAGCAUUUACAACUAAACGAGGUUUCCUCUAAAAAUUGUCUAAGGGAUCCCUCUGCUAGCUUCAACUAUAACUCCAUUAUUGUUGAAAGCCUAAUUAGUGAUUGGCAGGACUGAUCAAGACCCAGUUCAAAUUCCAUCUUCUUUCUGCUUUACACUAUAUGCAUUCAUGCAACUUCUCAUUUUAUUCCACUCCUGUUAUGUCUGUUUGCUCUAAAUUCUUAGAGGCACUAAAAAAUUUCACUUCAUUUUUGUUUAACAUCAAAAUGUUUGUGUUAUGCUGUGCCUCUGCUGCAGGACAUCUAUCAGUAUAGAUCUGAUGUCUGCACUCCAGGAAGGAUAUGUAAAAGCCAAUGGUUUUCUUUGAACAAGUCAUGACUGCUUGUUUGGGGAAUAGCAAUGCAAAAGGUGAAGACAAUUUGCUGUAGGAAAGAUACAUGAUCCACUUACCAGAAGUUGAAGCUAGAUAAAUCCAGUGUAAGCAUAAGGUUCAGUUUUGCAAUCAUAAGGGUUGCCAGCUAAUUAUUAGCUACUGAAUGAUAUAAUAAACGAGGACUCCAACAUUUGAAUUAGUUCAGGCUUAUGUUUGAUACAAAGUUAAUUGCAUAAUAACAUCUAGUGCUUUCCAAAAUCAAAAUCCUUGAACAAGAAAUUCAGAAAAGAAACAAGAAGACACAGAAGCUUGUAGUUUAUUUAGAAGGUACGAAAGAAGAUUUUCUUGUUUGGUUGUUUUUGAUUUGGGAAACCCUUUCCACUGUGAUAGAGACAUUUUACUGCUGGAUUCAAUGAUACAACAGAAGAUAAACACAGAUUAAUGUAAUUAAACAUUUUAAUUUCAAUAGCAGAAUUUAAUCCUUUCUGAAAGUCCAUCUAGGACUAGCAAUCAGGCAAAUUUUUUCUCCACUAUUUUUAAUUAACCAAAUAUACAUCUGCUUUCUUCAUUCACCAUCAUGCCAGAACAUGGCCUUUAAGCACAGGAGAUUAUAAAGGGCUUGUUUUCAGAUAAAGUUGGAAUGAUCUCUCUGAUGCUAACUCUGCACAAAGUAUCAGACAAUUUUACAUUGCAACAGUGAAAGACUAAGAAAAGUUUUAUUUUAGUCAAUGAAAUUGCUUAUUUUCCCUGAAAAAGCCAACUGAGAUAAUGCUGUAUAUAAGGACUGCAUGAGGCCAAGUCAAACUGUCUUGUAUGGUUGAUUUCUUGUAUGUUUAGCAUAUUAAUUUGUACUGUUGGAAAGUUUUGCACAAAGCCACCUUUCCUUUUUACCCAGGGAACCUGGGUCUGGUAGUAUCAAGGUGUACCAAAAAUUACCUGCUUUUAUUGACUAAAGUUUAUAGUCUUGGUGUGUGACCUGCAAUGUUUCUCAUACUAUUUCCAUUUUGUGCAGCACUGUGGAAAGAUUCAACUAUGAAAAUGUAAUUUUUGUAUAUUUGGUUGUGUAGUCAUGACUGCCUCUAAGGUGCCAUUAACAUUUUUUAAAAUAAAAAUAUUUACAUUUAUUUGCUGAUGAA